UAGUGUUUUUGCCAAUGCUGUUUUAUCGCCUUUUUGGUUGGGGCAUCUAAUAUGGAUAAAAUAAUUGCUGCCACAUUGCCAGACUCUCGAUUGUUUAACGAGACCCUGUUGAAAGUUUAUUUUGCCAUAGCAACCUGGAGCCCUGUCGGGCUGCGGAGCGCAGUCAAGUAUUUCUCUCGAUCAAACCGCCUCGUUUUUUUCACUAAAUUGUAGUUACAAAACGUGUCCCUAGUAGUUGAAUCGCGCCAAAUUUUCCAGCUUUUUCAAAAUUCCCCAAGUCUACUCUGGAGUUCUGUUUGGAAGCAAACCGCUAGGAAAAGCCCUCUCCAUUUCCCCUCCAGAAAACCACAUCGGGAAAGAUCUCGCUAUCAGUGCGACAACAUCGCAUUCUAUGUUCUACAGUGACAGGUUUAUACAACUGCUCCUGGUUUUUCCUCAUUUUUCGACUUGGAGCCCCAGAGUUGCGCUAGUGCUUCGCCCUGUCGUUUUCUCAGGUCUGCCGCAGCUUUCGCUGUCAACAAUCUACACAGAGUGGUCCCCAAUAGUGUGAAAAAUCUGCGUAGAACGCCACAAGGCAUGUUGGUGAUUACCCAAAAUGAUUGACCAACUAUAAUUGGUUCGUUGUUUUCAAAAAACCCCCACUAAGCAGUGCUGAUUGUUAAUAAGAGGCUCCUACUAUAUUGCUAGUUUAGUGCAAAUAUCAGAAUGGUUUCCACGCGACAAAUGUCGAACUGUAGCAACAACAAUGGGGAGGGGCUCAGUGGGGCGGCAGGCCCCAGUAGUGCCCCCCACGUGUACACGCCUGACUUGGGGCCGGCCAAAUGCACCAGGAACAGUUUAAUGGCAGUGGGGGCUGCAAUGGCUGGAACUGUGCAAUGUUACAAAGUGCAAAACGUCCCGGUACCAGCGUUAAAACUUCUAGACCUGCCGGACGAAGUCUUAGAAAAGAUCUUCAGCUACUUGCCAUUUAAGGAAAUUUGCAAAUUGCGCUUGGUUUGCCGGCGUGUAGACCAAAUAAGCGCCUACAUCCUCAACUCCACAUUCUCAAAGCUGCAAAAUCAGAUGCUGCAGCGGUUCCAGGAGAUUAAGAGCAAAAUGCCGCGGCGUGAGUCGGCCAGACGAAGCCACCAUUUGGCUUGCGAAAGCGACAUUGUCGAAACGCUACACAUGCGACUGACUUUGUUGCAAAUGUCUUUUGGCAAGCAUAUCGAGAGGAAGCAUUGCUGCUUCUUCCCGGGCGAAAUUCUCGACGAAGUCUACUCCAUUCUCCAUUAUAUUAAAACCACCCCCAGACUGGAUUUGCCGUACAAAGUCACAGACGAACUGUUCGAUCUGUCCACAAUGGCUAUGGAAUACUUCAAGGAAAAAAUAGAGCCCAAUUUGCCGGAAAUCGCCUACUUCAGCUCGGAUUUCAUGAACUUCUCAAGCAGUUUUGCCAGCCCUAGUUCGAGUAAGUAUUGUCUGGAGGCAUCCACCAUGUCCUCGGACUCAUCCAAAGUCGACCAGGUUGACGCAGACGUUUUGGAAGAAGAGUUCGUGGAAAUUCCGCAGUCGAACAUGGUUUUGCGUAAAAGAAUCCGCAAAAUUAAGCAGGGCAUGAAACGCUACAACAGCCAACUGACGGUGCUGCGCCAAGAGCUGAAAGCCUGCAAGAAAAAGACCGCCGAUCAGCAAAAACAGGUCACCGAUCAACAAAAGCAACUGGCUGAUCAGCAGAAACAGACUCUGGAGUAUGCCACAAGAUUGGACGAGUACGAUAAGAAGAACGACGAAAUUUCGCGCAAGUUUAGCACGUUGCUUCAAGAGCUGAACAAGUGCAAAACCGAACUCCAGUAUUGGAGAUGCAAAUCGCCCGCCACUUCACCAGUUUGCAACAGCUGCGGAAAUCUAGUGGUACCGGAACCGGACGAAAUUCAGGCUUUGAUCAAUCAGGGAGUGCAUCCGGAGGAACUAGGUUUGCCGGCAAUCUCGGAAGCAGCGGCUGGCAGCCCAAAUCCGGAUCAAAGCACCCCUAAUAAGUCCAAAGAUGCAGCAGUGCCGCCUAUCAAGCCGUCGAGAAUUCCGAAGGAAUGUGGCAAUUUGGAAGCAGAACCGUCUGAUUGGUUGUCCGAGAAGAAGGCAGAGAUGAGUGUGUCUUCGUCAGGUCCGACUCCCCGCCAAUCCAAACGAAAGUCUUCGUCAGAGGAGCGCGAUGAGGAACAUCAGGCGAAGAAAACGAAACGUUCAGGAAAAACGCGCUGUAAGCGCGCCAACUCCAAAGUUUAGGCCAGCAAAUAAACACAUGUCAGGAAUAA